CCGGGCUCUUUCCACUGAGCCACACUGCUUCCCAUCUACAAGACUGUGUUGAAAAUACAAUUAAGACUUCUUCCUCUUGGCUGGGUCAUCACGACACAAUGUUAAGAAAUGUUUGGACAGCGUUAACAACCGAUGGAAGACAUUUAGAUCUCAUAAUUAAUUUUGGGACCAGAAUUCACUGAAAUAGUUUUGAGCUGAGGCACACAUCAGAGACGAUAAGUAUCUACCAGGAAAGUCGCUGAUUAUGGAUCUGGACAAAUCUUCCGUCUGGGGCUCCUUGAAGCAAAGGACAAGGCCUCUGUUACUGAACUUGAGUAAGAAGAAAAUAAAGAAAAACUCCAACAAAGUUAUUGCAUUACAGAAAAAGCAUCAUCUGGACCGGCGCCUGAGUAUCUCAGUUCCAGACCUGCUAGAGGCCACGUCUUUAUCCCCAGCUGGGCAUUCAAGCCAACAAGUCCCUUUCACUUCUGUCCCUAGCUGCCUUUCUACAGCAGGGAUGUCCCAGAAAAGCAGCAGUGGUUCCUUGAGGCAAUCUGAAGUUGACUUUCAAUGGAGUCAGGAAGAGGGGGUCGAUAGCAGUGUGGCAGAAACAGAUCCUGAAGAUGUGUAUGUCUCUGUUUUGGAGAGGAGGGCAUCCAGUGAUGGCAUCUUUGAUCUAACCCAGUCGCUUUCUCUGAGUGGUGAAACAACAGAAGAUAUUGAGAAUCCAGGUAGAAGUAGUGAUUUGAAUGCUUCCAUGACCUCUCAGCUUUUUGAAGAGCAAUCUACUCUUGAAGAAGCCAGUGAUGACUUGAGUUCCCUCCCCAGUCCUUUUGCCUAUCUCCUCACCAUCCACCUCAAAGAAGGCCGGAACCUAGUCAUCAGAGAUCGGUGUGGUACAAGUGAUCCAUAUGUGAAAUUUAAACUAAAUGGGAAGACCAUAUAUAAAAGUAAAGUCAUAUAUAAAAACCUUAACCCAGUUUGGGAUGAAAUGGUUCUAUUGCCAAUACAGAGCCUUGAUCAAAAACUGCGAAUUAAGGUAUAUGACCGAGACCUAACUACAUCUGACUUCAUGGGCUCUGCAUUUAUAAUCCUUAGUGAACUUGAACUCAAUAGAACUACUGAAUAUAUUUUAAAAUUGGAAGAUCCAAAUAGUUUAGAAGAUGACAUGGGAGUGAUUGUGUUAAAUUUGAAUCUGGGAGUCAAACAAGGGGAUUUCAAGAGACCUAGGUGGUCAAAUCGGAAGAGGCUAAGUACAAAUAAGUCCUCUUUGAUUCGAAGCCUGCGACUUUCAGAAUCCUUAAGGAAGUAUCAACUCUGGAAUGGGAUCAUCAGUAUCACUUUGUUAGAAGGGAAGAAUCUUCCUGGAGGAACCAUAACAGAGAUAUUUGCCUUGUUAAAAUUAGGUGAUCAGAAAUAUAAGAGCAAGACACUGUGUAAGAGUGCAAAUCCUCAGUGGAGGGAACAGUUUGAUUUUCACUACUUCUCUGACAGGAUGGGCAUAUUGGACAUUGAGGUCUGGGGGAAGGAUAACAAAAAACAUGAGGAACGCUUGGGGACGUGUAAAGUGGACAUUGCGGCACUACCACUCAAGCAAGCCAAUUGUUUAGAACUGCCUCUGGAAAACCGACUGGGAUCACUACGUAUGCUGAUCACACUUACGCCCUGCUCGGGAGUGUCUAUCUCUGAUCUAUGUGUCUGCCCCUUGGCAGACCCCAGUGAGAGAAAGCAGAUAUCCCAGCGAUAUUGCUUCCAGAACUCUCUGAAAGAUGUGAAGGAUGUUGGCUUUUUACAAGUGAAAGUUUUAAAGGCAUUAGAUCUCUUAGCUGCAGAUUUCUCAGGAAAGAGUGACCCUUUCUGCUUGUUGGAGUUGGGCAACGAUAGGCUCCAAACGCAUACAGUUUACAAGAACCUCAAUCCCGAGUGGAAUAAAGUGUUUACGUUCUCUAUUAAAGACAUCCAUGAUGUACUGGAAGUGACAGUGUUUGAUGAAGAUGGAGAUAAACCCCCUGAUUUCCUUGGAAAAGUCGCCAUCCCCUUGCUGUCUAUUAGAGAUGGACAGCAAAGUUGUUAUGUAUUGAAGAAUAAAGAUUUAGAACAAGUUUCCAAAGGAGUUAUCUAUUUGGAGAUGGAUGUCAUAUAUAAUCCGGUGAAAGCAAGUAUCAGAACUUUCACACCACGAGAAAAACGUCUAAUUGAAGAUAGCCGCAAACUUUCAAAAAAGAUCUUAUCCAGGGAUGUUGACCGGGUGAAAAAAAUUACCAUGGCGAUAUGGAACACACUACAGUUUCUUAAAAGCUGUUUCCAGUGGGAAUCUACAUUGAGAAGUGUAAUAGCAUUUGCGGUGUUUCUAAUCACGGUGUGGAAUUUUGACCUGUAUAUGAUCCCACUGGGUUUAUUGUUGCUCUUCAUUUACAACUUCUCCAGACCCACUAAAGGGAAAGUGUGCAACAUCCAGGACAGGCAGGAAAGCACAGAUCUAGAGGAUGAUGAUGAUGAAGACGACGAUAAGGAAUCUGAGAAAAAAGGGCUAAUUGAAAGAUUCUACAUGGUCCAAGACAUUGUCACUACAGUGCAAAAUGUCUUAGAGGAAAUCGCAUCCUUUGGAGAGAGAAUUAAAAACACAUUCAACUGGACUGUUCCAUUUCUCUCGACUCUGGCCUGCUUAAUUCUGGCUCUAGCCACUGUUGCCUUGUAUUUUAUACCUCUGCGCUACAUUAUUUUAAUUUGGGGCAUAAAUAAAUUUACUAAGAAGCUCAGAAAUCCCUAUUCCAUCGAUAAUAAUGAGUUACUGGAUUUCCUCUCCAGGGUACCGUCUGAUGUUCAAAAGGUGCAAUAUGCUGAAUUGAAACCAUACAGCAGCCACAGCCCCCUUAGGAAGAAACGGAGUGCUCUGUAGAUCACAGAUCAGCUUUGGAACGCUGCAUCCUCUUCUUUUGGCUUGCCCCAGAUCAUCACCCUAAGUGUUGCAGUUGGUCCGAGCUGAUCUCCUGGAAGGGUGCCGCCCCUUUUUACACUUCAUUCCCUCCUAUGAGAGACUACCCAGCAACCACUUUGUAUUUUACACAGAGACUGGAGAAGGUGAAACCCAGGACCUGAUGGUUUUCAUAACGUAAGAGACAGUUUUCCAUUAUCUUACAGGAACUGGGCCUGGAUUACCAGAAUCAGUUUCCUCUGUUUGCUUCUAAUGGAUUUGGAUUUGGAAGGAUUUUUUUUUCCCCUUAAUUUAAGUCAUUGGGCAUAGAAGCCUUUUGUUCUGAAUGAAGAAGUCUUUGAUGUCCAUCAUCUGUUCAGAUAAUAUGAAUUUUUUAAGUUUUUUUCAUGAUUUCCAGAAAUAGCUUGAAGCACCAAGUAGUCCAACAGUGACUACCUGAAACUUGCAUGAAAUAAUUUAAUCAGUUCUUCUCUGCCAGAUAGCCAAUGUCUCCAUCAUAAGGUCAGUUGCAGGGUUCAUUGAUGGCAGUGGACACUCUGAAACUCCUGAGAGGAAAUGAUUAACCUAAUGUAGGAAGCACAAACAUUGGGACUUGAAAAGACCAUUGCCUCCAUCACUCUGUGUCAUCUGAUGUUUUUCAGCAUCAUCAUAUGCAUUAAAUUAAGUCUAAAGGGAUGACAACACUACAACUAUAAGCUCCUUAUGGGCAGGGAACGUUUCUGCAAAUUCUGUUGAAAUGUACUCUCCCAAGCACUUCAGACAGUGCUCUAUAUAUAGAAAACAAACAAUAAAUACCACUAAUUGGUUGAUUGAUUGAAGUGAAGGACAGUUCUUCAGCAACCUUCAAAACUAAGACUGGGGACAAAGAAAAGUAUUGUUGUUACUCAACUCUGUUAUUUUUUUAAGCUCUAUUCUAUAAGUGCUUACGAUGUAUCAAGCACUAUUCUAAGCACCGGG